AUUGACAGGUGGAAAGGCAGGAAGGGGGACUCAAUUCCCCAAAGCCGCACCUUCCGAGUCCCGCGUGCGGAGAGCUGCUUGCUCUCCUCUCCUCCUCCUCUCCUCCUCAUCCACUCUCCUUCGUCCCCUCCUCCCCUUCCCACCUUCCCAGUAUUCCCGCCCCUAAGCGGUGAUACGAACUCGUAGUGGCGUCCAGUAUCCAAUGGUGGACCCUCCGAUGUCCCAGAGUAGUGACCCAGUAUCCCAUCCGAUGGAUGAACGGAAAGUAAACGAAGUGCCCCGCGGAGUUGGCCUAUUUAUUGGGCGGAUUGCCCGGCGGUUGGAGGCUUUCUUUCUCAUCGACAUCAACAUCAGUUUCAUCUUCUACCAAGAGUCUCCUGCAUUCCGCAUCCGUGCUCAAUCCUCGACUUCUCAUCUCUCGCAAUCAAUUCAAUCUCUCUCUACUUCCACUUAAACACUCAAAAUGGUAUUUAUGCGCUCUUUUUCCCGCCAACUACGGCGGCCUGCCACCUCGCUCCUGUCCGCCAAAGGCUCAUCCCUGAGGCCGACUGGAAGUCCUUUCCAGGCGCUCCCCGGGGUCAAUUCUGUUGCUGGUGCACGAACGCUAACCGCCUCUGCGAGCUUACAGGGUAAAGUUCUUAUGGUCCUUUAUGACGGCGGUGAACACGCCAAACAGCAGCCUGGUUUGCUGGGAACCACCGAGAAUGAGCUUGGUCUGAGGAAGUGGCUGGAGGACCAGGGCCACACCUUGGUCACCACUUCCGACAAGGAGGGCGAGAACUCGACCUUCGACAAGGAGCUGGUCGACGCCGAAGUCAUCAUCACCACUCCCUUCCACCCCGGUUACCUGACCGCUGAGCGUCUGGCUAAGGCCAAGAACCUGAAGAUUGCCGUCACUGCCGGUGUUGGCUCCGACCAUGUCGACCUGAACGCUGCCAACAAGACCAACGGCGGUAUCACCGUUGCCGAGGUCACCGGCUGCAACGUCGUCUCCGUUGCGGAGCACGUUGUCAUGACCAUCCUCACUCUGGUCCGCAACUUCGUUCCCGCCCACGAGCAGAUCGCCCGCGGCGAGUGGGACGUUGCUGCCGUUGCCAAGAACGAGUAUGACCUGGAGAACAAGGUUGUCGGAACCGUCGCCGUCGGCCGCAUUGGCGAGCGUGUCCUGCGUCGUCUGAAGCCCUUCGACUGCAAGGAGCUGCUCUACUACGACUACCAGCCCCUGAGCCCCGAGGUCGAGAAGGAGAUCGGCUGUCGCCGUGUCGAUGACCUCGAGGAGAUGCUCGCUCAGUGUGACAUUGUCACCAUCAACUGCCCCUUGCACGAGAAGACCCGUGGUUUGUUCAACAAGGACCUCAUCUCCAAGAUGAAGAAGGGCUCUUGGCUCAUCAACACCGCUCGUGGUGCCAUUGUCGUCAAGGAGGACGUUGCCGAUGCCGUCAAGUCCGGUCACUUGCGCGGCUACGGAGGUGACGUCUGGUUCCCCCAGCCCGCUCCUCAGGACCACCCUCUCCGCUACGCCCAGCACCCGUGGGGCGGCGGCAACGCCAUGGUGCCUCACAUGUCCGGUACCUCGAUCGACGCCCAGAUCCGUUACGCCAACGGUACCAAGGCCAUCCUCGAGAGCUACUUCACCGGUCGUCACGACUACAGACUCGAGGACCUCAUCGUCAAGGACGGUGACUACGUCACCAAGGCUUACGGCCAGCGCAACAAGGCUUAGGCUUUUCGGUCGGACACGAUUGAAUGAUGUUUUUACUUUCUUUUUUGGCGCUUGUUUCAUUGUCUGGGGACCAUUUCAAAGGGAAAAGGCAUUCCACAGUUGAUCAUUUAUGAUACCUGACAAAUUUACGAAUUUACAAAUAAAAG